AUGAAUCAUAAUAAUAAUAACUAUGAUUUUGAUAAUAAAAAUAAUAGUAUUGGUGGUGGUGGUGGUAGUAGUAGUAGAAGUAGUAGUAGUAGAAGUAGUAAUAGAAGUAGUAGUGGAAGUAGUGGUGGCAGUGGUAGUAACAGUAGCAGUAGUAUAAAUAAUAUUAUUAAUAGUGAUAAAGACUUUAUAACAGAAAGAAAACAAACAAAAUCUCCACCUUUAACUCUUCCAAAUAUUAAAACCACCACCACAACAACUACCACAACAACAACUACCACAACCACAACAACAAAAAAUGAAAAUAUAAGUUCAUCUGAAUCUGAAAACUCCUCUAGCAGAGUUGAAUCCCCAAAUUGUAAUAAAAAGGUUAAGAAAACCAAAACCAUUACUAUCAGUCCAACUGGUUAUAAUAUCAAUAGUAAAGAUGACAUUAAUAAAUUUACUACCUAUGGCUACACUAACGAAAAGAGCAAUGCCAGAAGAGACCCAAAAUGGAUAACUGAUAUUAUUGAAAGAUAUAAUCGUUUAAAAUCUGAAAGCCCUAAUAAUAAUUAUAAUGGCAGUAGUAAUAAUAAUAAUAAUAUUAAUAAUAUUAAUAACAAUAGUAAUAAUACUACGUCACCUUGUCAAUCACCAUCAUCAAAUACAGCAACUAUAACAUCAAUAUCAUCACCUACUUCAUCAUCCUCAUCUUUAUCAUCCCCAUCCCCAUCAUUUAGUAUAAAUAACAUUGUUAAUCAAGAUGUUGAUGGUUGUGAUAGAAUGAAUUAUACUUUACUUUCGCAAAAUAAUAAUAAUAAUAAUAAUAAUAAUUAUAAUAAUAAUAAUAAUAAUAAUAAUAAUAAUAAUAAUAAUAAUAAUAAUACGAAUACAAAUAAUAAUGGUGAUGAAUGUAUUGUUAAACCAAUUUCAUUAAUUCAAAAUAAAAAAAGCGGUCAAAGAAGUCUUAAAACCAAAGAACAUAAAGAGAUACUUGAAGCAUUAUAUAGAGUAACCUUGUAUCCAACAUCAGAGGAAACUAAAAUCAUUAGCCAAAUUUUGGGUAUGACAUUUGGUCAAGUUAAAAGCUCCUUCCGUCAUCGUAGAGAGAAAUUAUCAAAGUCUGGUUUGUUCUCUUACGCAAAAAAUCUUAAAAAUUGUGGAAAAUGCACAGUACCUUUGGAUAAUUUCUUUGAAAAUUGUAAAUACUUAACUACUAAAGAAACUGAAGAGUUUGCUGCUGCAUAUGAUGUAUCUUUUGAACAAAUCAAAAAUUAUUUUAAAGGAAAAAGAGCAAUAUUAAAUAAGUUAUCUUCAAAGGCGAAUCAAGAUAAUGAUAAUAAUAAUAAUAAUGAAAAUAAUGAUGAUAGCUAUAGUGAUGAAGGGUGA